UGUUGUUUGUGAAGCCAUGGCAGACGGCUGUGGUGUAUUUCCCGGGAAACAAAGCGUUGCCUCGUCUGCUAUCACAUAUAUACCGUAUUCACUAAAUAUUCUUCUUCAUAAGUGAAAACUUAUGUUAGUUUUGUGUAAAUGAGAGUGUUAAGGCGGCCAUGAAGAGAUCAAAUAAGAGAAAGAUGAGGUAGGUCACGUGACCUUGCAAUGAAAAAUGGCGCCGAGGUUUGGGAUAAUUUGAAGACGAUGCGAGAGAUGUCAGUCGUGUUGGUUUGUUUGUGUUUACGGUGAUCAGCAGAUCCAGCGGGCAGGGUACAGGUGGCCUGGCCCCUGGACACCACCUACAAUGUCCGAAAGAAAGAGAAAAAGAGGGCGGCCUCGCUCUACGCCCGUGCUAAGCUAUGGUUCUGAAAUGAAAAUGAGAAAUAGUAUAACUAGAGUAAUUAAAAAGCCAAGAUACUUAAUGGAGCAGGAGGAGGAGAGUAACCAUUCGAGGUCGUGCUCGCCCUCUAGGUCCCAUGAGUCUGUGAGUGAGGAGAGAAGCGGCUCAUACAACAGUGGUAAAAGUAAAAACAAGAGAGGCUAUAACCCAGAUAUUGACGAUAAGGAGUCAGAGUACCUGUACGGCUCUGACUUUGAACUGGAGGAUCUCUCAGAGAAGGAGGAGAGCGACUUUAAGAGUCUUAGUGACAAUGACAUUGAGUUGGAUGAAGAGGAUGAAGCUGGUAUGUCUGAUGGAGAGGCUUCCAUAUCCAGCUUCAGUACUAAUGGCGGCACCCCUGGCAAGUUGUUUUUUGGCUCCAGGCCGCAGACUCCGGUGCCAGUGUGGCUUCAGGACCGCCAGUACCCGGCUUUAGAGCUGCCUAAGUCGUCUGAUGACCUCCUGCUUCCUCACGCUUAUGUUCUGCGGGCCGUGGGUAUAUACGAAGUGUUGCGGCACUUCAGAACCCUGGUCCGCCUUUCACCGAUGAGGUUUGAGGAGUUUUGUGCUGCACUGAUGGCAGAGGAGCAGAGUUCGCUACUGGCGGAGGUACACAUGGCACUGCUGAAAGCUCUCAUCAGAGAAGAAGACUCACAGCAGACACAUUUUGGUCCUCUUGAUCAGAAAGACUCCAUCAACGUCAUCCUGUACUUCAUUGAUGCCCUGACAUGGCCAGAGAGCUUGCGACUGUACCUGCAGAGUGACCAGGAGUUUAGAGAAACACUGAAUAUCCUUGACUCCUGCAACUAUCCUUUUACAUCUCUGGAGGACAGAUUGCAAGUGCUGCAGUUCCUGUGUGAUCAGUUCCUACAAACAUCAGUGGUGCGGGAAGACCUUCUCAGUGAGGGUAAACUCCGUUACGAUGACCACUGUCGAGUCUGUCACAAGACGGGAGAUCUCCUCUGCUGUGACUCUUGCUCAGCCGUGUAUCACCUGGACUGUGUUGACCCUCCCCUGCAGGAUAUACCUGGAGAGAUGGAGGACUGGACCUGUAGCGUCUGUACUGCACACCAGGUUGAAGGUGUUACAGACUGCAUAUCUCCUAUGGAGACCUCAGGAAUUCUGUGCAGACAAGAUCCUUUGGGAUUUGAUAGACACGGACGGAAAUAUUGGUUUCUUGUCCGCCGGUUAUUUGUAGAGACUGAAGCUGGGGAGGUCUGGUACUAUUCUACUCGAGCUCAGCUGGAUGAAUUGAGAAGCCUUUUAGACGGAGCAGAUUUGGAGGAGGAACUCUGCAACACACUCCAGGAUAUCAUGUCUGAGUUGAGACGUCACAUGUCCCUUACAGAGACCAUUACAGAGGAGAAUAAAGGCAACCGCAAGUCCUGUUUAGAGUUGGAAGAUGAUGGAGUGAGCAAGAGGAUUGAAGAGCGAAAAAAGCAAAGACUAAAAAAAGAGCAAGAAGGAUUAGACCAACUUAUUGAAGAAAUAAAAGAGGAGGAAGUCAAAACUGAAUUCAAAGAAGAAGUUAUGUUAGAUACAGAUGUAAAGACUGAAGGUGGACACAUCUCAAGCUUAGACCCUGUGACUGGAGAACUGCUGGAGAACACCACUACCUCAGCCUCAUCUAACACUGUGAAAUCUUCCUCAAACAUAAGUACUGAUAUAAAGGAAGAGGUUGAUGUGAAGGAAGAGGGAGAAGUGAAAGAAGAAAAUACUGAAACUGAGGACAAGAAUAAAGAAUGUGGUAUAAAGACCAGAACCAAGACUGGGACGUUGAUACCAAAGCAGUUUGCCGUGGACGACCUGAGACGGCGACUCCCCGUGGAGAGUGACGAUAAGGGAGACGUUAAGAAGACGGCCGAAGAUGUUGCUGCCCACAAGCUGACUCAGAGCAAGUUGGCUCAGCUGCAAAGUAAUGCACAUCUGUAUCGACUUGGAUGCGAUGGGAAGUUUAAGAAUUAUGUUAAUCAGUACUCGUCCAACCCGCUCGCUCUAAAUAAACUUCAACACAAUGAGGAGAGAGACAAGAAGCGCCAUCUCUCUCACAAGUUUAGUCUCACCCCUGGCGCUGAGUUUAAAUGGAAUGGAGUUGUGUAUGGCAAUAAGGAAUCGCUCAUAUCAACAUUACGUCACACAAUCUUGGCCUUGGAGCAGAAUGUGUCGGUUCACCUGUUCCACCCACACUGGGCCAAUGUACGCAAAGCUUGGAAUGUUGCCGUCAUGUCGUCGACCGAACCUCGUCACUUUUCACGUGUUUUAAUGUGGCUCGUGGCAUGUAUUAAACCAGUGGUACUGAAUCCAGUUUGGCACGAUUCUUUGGGACAUGUCAGGUUUAACAGAGUGACAGCCAUGGAAAGAGAAGAGAAAAAAAAACAGGAAAAAAAGGAAAAGAAGGAGGCAGAUCAGGAGGAACUACGACCUAUGACCUUCAUCAAAUAUACUCUCGGCCUCAAGCAUCAAGUUUGGAAAUUGAAAGGUGAGGAGUAUCGUGUUCAUGGCAUGUGGGGGUGGCAGUGGUUGUCUGCUCAUCGCCGAGCCCCUCACAAACCCAUGUCCAGCGUAGGUCUUCGUGCAGGAGGAGAAAAGUAUAUGGUGCCUCUGGUAGGGGCUUCUGGUCUCAAAAGUCUCUCUGUCAACCCAGCUGUCUACAAGCAGUUGGCCUCCAAGACCCCUUCCUUGAGACCGUCAUUAUUAUCCCCUAAACAACGUGCACUGGAAAUGGAGAGAGGAGAAGGUGCAACUGAAGAAAAAAAGAAUGAAAUAAUUAUAGCAAGUUCAAGUGGUCAGCAGAAGGUGGAGGUUGGAACAGUGAAUCUGGAAGACUUCUUUGAAGAUGGAUUAAUAAAUGUGUGUCGAGCUCUUACGUCUCGCUCCCGCUUUGUCUACCCAAAGGUUGCAAAGACAUCAGUUUUGGACGGUUUAUUAAGUCGACGCAUUGCUCUCAGAACUCAAGAAGAGAAAGAUCUGGCCAACAAGAAGUCACAUGGUUGUGAGUGGAGAAGAGAUGACGAUGAAGAUGAAAUUGAUGUAGAAAAUGAUGAUUCAGAUGCUACCUUAAGUGAUAAUUCCGACCAUGAAAAUAUUGAUGAAAUUCCCGAUUCUCAAAGGUCUACAAUACAUAAACAAAGACCUGCUGGAAAUUUACUAAAGGAAGUUCGUACGUUGAAGACAAAGUAUGAAACACUGGACGAGCUGGACGGCAGUUAUAUGUGUUAUUCAGUGAUGUGUAGAAGUAGUGGGCGAUGCCAUUGUUACUCUCCAUUGUGCCUGCUAAAAACUAGGACAAAAGAAAAGUUAAUUAAUAGUGUAAAAAAUUAUAGAAUAGUUACCAGUAAGCGUGCUCCUUUUGACGAGGUUGGGGCCCACAGCCCGGUAAGAUUGACAGAUGGGGAUGUGGAUAUUGUUGGUAAGACAGAAGCAGUGAGUGACUCAGUGACCACACAUACCUGUACAGUGUCAAGUGUAAAUGGACAACUUGCUAAUAGCAGCUCAACAGUUUCAGUAGAAACAAGCCAAAUCAAAUCAGAAAGUGCAGACUCCAGUGAUGGUAGAUCAUCCAGAGCCAGUAGUGAAAUAAAGAUAAGAAUGGAUGAGGAUAUAGAUGAAACAAGCCAAGGUUCUGUUACUAUGGAGAACAAAUUUUCACUAAAAAAUGACAGGACAUACAGUAGUGAGUCUCCCUCCGGCAAAGUGUACCUGAAAAAACUAGCUAGUGAGACAAAGCGUGGACGUAGGCUUCAGCAUCGCGUGCCACAGCUCUCUACUUUUAGAAUUGGGAAAAAGAGCGGCACAGUUGAUAAAAGAGUGACCAGUGUACUUGUUUUAUCAAGCUGCGAGCUACGGAUGCUGGCCAGAAAAGGUGGACGAUAUUACGUGUGUGGUUUUAACCAUAAUGCCAAAGCUAACAAUGUUGUUUGGCCUUACCCCUGUUCUCGACCUGUGUUCAAAACCACUUGGCAGUAUCGCACGGCUAACAUGCCAACGCUGAACUCUGCGUCAAUGCAGUUACGCAUUUUAUGGGUGUGCCUUCGAUGGGACGACAUGCAGGAGAAAGGGCCCGGAGAUGGUCGGAAACAAAUAACCACUGAGAUGGAGAUCAUCCAGACUGAAAUCUUGAAGCGAAAACAUUCAGGACGCUUCUUAGAGAAGACUUCGUACCUUCGUCGAAAAGUGAUAAUUCCUUUUGAUGUUCCUAAACCUGUGAGAGAAUUCACUCCAUCUCAACGCAGUGGAUUAAGAAAAAGACGACGUGCUCAGUCACCUGUCAACACCCAGCCUCAGAGUGUAGAAGAGUGGGUAGAAGAAGAUAAGUUGGAUUUAUGGGAAAUACGAUUCUUUGGUGAACGAUUGGAACGAGCGGCAGUGGUGACCAAGAGGUCGAUUGGGGAACGUGGGGAGUCCGUCCAGACUGUAACAACCCAAGGGGCCUCUCCAGCUGAGAUCCGGGCACGAAUGGAGGAACAGUUAAAGAUACAAAGAGCUAAUUUUAACCAGAAGAGAGCUCUAGAGAGUACACCUCUUGCCAAAGGUGGAGUGGUCAAAUUGUCUCUCUGUUCAGCUGCUACUCUAACAACUGCCUCUGGCACUAAACUAACCUUGCCAGCCAAUCCUGGUGCAACAACUAAGGUUGUACAAGCUGGAGCUUCAACAAUCAUGGCUGUAAGUGGACAGCUUCCAACCAUUGUUUCUGGCAAGAAAAUAAUGGCAACUAGGGAUGGCCGUAUCAUAACAGUACAGACGACCUCCCCAGCAACCAGUAGCACCUCUACACAACAGCAAACUUCAGGAACAAGUGAGACCAGUAGCAUUAGUCUUGGAAGUAGCACUAUUUUUCCAGUUGGUGGUGGACCUAAAGUUCAGGUUACAUCACAAGGAAACAAAGUGAUAAGACUACAAGCAGUCGGUACUGGAGGAAGCCAGCGGAUGAUUCUACCACGUUCAACAAACUCUGCAGCGUUACAGCCGCGUAUUCCUCGACCAGUUGCACCUGCAACUACGCCUACUACGGUCACCACAAAUGCCUCGCCUACCGUAGCAUCACAAGCGCCAACAACGACACCUACUCCUCGUGCACCAGGGCAACAGAUACACAUAAUAAGAUUACCAGAUGGUCAACUACAAGUGCGAGGUUUACUAGAUGGUCAGCAGCUCAUUCAGCGUCCUGAUGGUAAAUUUCAGCUUAUUAACACCAAAACUACAGCAGUGACACAGCAACCUGCCAAUACUCCAGCUCCUACAGCUAAUCAAGGUGUAACCCCAGCUAUCCAGGUGACACAACAGACUAAGACUGUACAACCAUUAUCUGUUGCCACUUCUGUCAGUGCUAGUACAACUACUGACAACCCACAAAAGAUUAGUUCUGUAGGAGGUGUUGCCAGUGUUCCCUCUAGCCAUGUGGUGAAAGUGAAUGGUCAACAGGUGCCCUUGAAGCAAGGUAAUGAUGGAAAACAGGUGGUCACUGUAGGAGCCAGUGAAGCUGCAGCCGUCUCUCCGUCGCUUAAUUGCGGGCGUCAGACAGCAUCCACUCAGAGUGGUCAGACUUCUCCAAGAAUAAAGACUAUGCUUGCACCCGACGGUACCAUGGUGAAGACUGUUAUGUCUAACAAUGCUACCGUGUCUGUUAAUUCUUCAGUCACCACAACAGCAACUUCCACACCAACAAGUACAACAAACUCUACACCAACUGAUGCUCAAGCAAAUACCAAUUCACAAAACAAUUCGACGGGUUCAGGCAGCAGUCUUACAUUGAAGGUACAGGUGCGUAUGACUGAGCAGGGACCCAAGACGAUCAUUCAAGGCCUUCAGCCAGGUGUGGGACUUACAAAGGACCACAUCAUGGCCAUCCAGCAGCAAGUACGGAACAUGCUCGCCCAGUACAAGUUACAAGUGAACCAACUGUCACCUGUCAUGGCUCUAACACUUCAUGUGCCAAACAAGCAACAGUCAGCACAACCUCAGUCAUCAACAACAACAAUAACAACAACAACAACUACAACAACAACAACAUCACAACAGGAGGAGUCACCUACACCACAGAAACAAGCUUCUGUGUCACAACCUCAGCAGAGUCAAGGUGGCUCUGGUUCAGCUGUCUUUAGAAGUCUUUUAGCAUCUCCACAACAGUCUCCAGCAGUCAUCACAGUUAAGAACUCACCAUUGGAGGCAGGUGUUGGAGGCAGCAAUGUAGCCUCAAAUUUGACAGAAACACCUGAAACAGAUACUACUGAUGGACAACCCAGUGCAGACAAAGAUAAUCCACCUGCAGUCUCCUCACCAAAGAAGUUUGUACUCACACAAGAAUAUAUUCAACAAACCAUAAAAUCAGCUUUGAGCCGUGAAGAUUUGGCACCUGACAUAGAAGAAAAGUUGAUGCAGCUGCAGAAGUAUACUACUGAACAGACCAAGAAGGAAGAAGACCAAGUUCCUCUGAGUACAGUAACAAGCACAGCCUCUGCCACUGUCAACACUGUACCAUCCAGAACUUCUCCUAUAAAGAGGAUUCGUGAACAGGAUGACAUAGACUGGGACCCAGUUGAAGACAAAGGACCGGCACUAGUCACAGUGGCAGCACCCAAGCCUCGCCCCAAGAAGCAGCGCUCAGAGCAACGUCCGCUAGACUCCACCAAACCAAAGAAAACAUCAGCCAAGACUGAGGCUCUAGAUGCAAGAAAAAAGCAAGCCCUUCAGCAUAAGCUGGAGUCCCUCAUGACGCGCCACAAAGACCUGUUAAAGAAAGACAUCCUCAAGAAGAGAGCUCAGCUAGAAAAAGAACUUCAGGUAGAAAUACACAAGGAGAUAACUGUGGCAAGGCACCAACUACAGCUGCUGGAGAAGAGUAAACCUGAGGCAUCGUUACCUUCACCUCUUACCUCACCUCGCAAGAAGAAGACUGCCUCAGAGUUAUCAGUGUCCCAGAUGUCAUCAACCGGGGGUAUCCAACUGCAGUCCGAAUCUCCGCACGUGGUUCAAUCUUCCACUCUGCCCGAAACCACGACGGUCUCCAAUAAAAGUCCAGUUUCCACAAAGUCUCCCACCUCGGCCAAAACGUCGUCAAAAACGUCGACAACGAAAAAAUCUACAAAGAACAAGAACAAGAAAAUUGUGUGCAUUUGUCGAACACUGUUUGAUGAUACUAAAUUUUAUGUUGGAUGUGAUCUAUGUGGAAAUUGGUUCCAUGGAGACUGUGUGGGCAUAACUGAGGCCAUGAGUCGCAGUUUGACGGAGUUUGUGUGUGAUGACUGUGCAAACGCUAAGCUAAACAAAGAUUUAUUCUGCUUUUGUCGACAGCCUUAUGAUGAAACUCAGUUCUAUAUCUGCUGUGAGCAGUGUGAAGACUGGUACCAUGGCAAGUGUGUGGGCAUAAUGCAGACAGAAGCAGAUGAUAUAGAUGAUUACAUCUGUCCAAAAUGUGAUUCAAAUAAUGUAUGGAAUUACCCCUGCCAGAAGAAUCUCUCUGCCAAGGAUUAUUCAGAAUUGAAAAAAGUCACAAAAAGCCUUAUACAACACAAGAAUGCGUGGCCAUUCCUGGAGCCGGUGGAUCCUUCAGAAGUUCCCGAUUAUUACAAAGUGGUUAAAGAACCGAUGGACCUAAAAACUGUGGAAAGCAGAGUGGAAGAAAAAGCAUAUCAACGACUAGCUCAGUUCAUUGGUGACGUGAUGCUGGUGUUUGAUAACUGCCGCCUCUAUAAUCCACCAAACUCCUCUUUUUGCUCUUGUGCAGCAACAUUAGAAUCUUUCUUUUGCCAGAAACUGCGCAGCCUAAAGCUUCGGUUAGGUCAAAAAUCAUAAUGUUUUCCUAAUGUAAUUCUUCACAAAAAGCCUUGAAGCUUAAUGUAAACUUCUAACUUUUUUAAUUAUGUGAACAGAAUUAUAGAUAUAAUGUUAUAAUGAGCAAAGUUAUAAACAUGUCAUGAUGAUCGGUUGUGAGUACAGGACCUCUCAUGUGUUGAGAACAGAAGAAGAAACAGAUUAACAGCUUUAGUGAUUGUCCUGAGCAAGAUAUCAGGGGAAGUCAUCUCCAUGUGGUGUUAGUACUGUAUGGUACAAGUCCAAGCUGACAAAUACUUAAAUUGUCUUGUAAAAUUAUCAUGCUGUAUUUGUUCUUGGUACAGAGGAUUUGAAGCUUUACAUAAAUAAUGCUGAUACGGUAUAUCCCGUUGCAGAAAUGACCAUAAAGAAAAUUUUAGAUAGUUCUUCCCAUUAUUUAUUAUAUUUUGUUGAAAUGAGAUGUUACAGUGUGGACAAUUGAUUUAUUGACUGUUGUUAAUAUUAUAGUUUUUAGUAGAAAUACAAAGGGGCCCUGUUAGACUAGGUCUGGAAACUCAGUUCUCCUUAGUUAGUCCCAUCUUUACCAUAUACCAAUUUGUGGUAUAACACAUUAUAUACUGGGUGAAGUCUUUUUAUGGGAGAGAAAGAGUUGAGAAAAUCCUUGACCCUCAGAAAAGAUAUGGUGGAAAAGUUAAAUGCUAGCUGCAGGAUAUUUUUAAUUUAGAAAAAGGUGUUGUGGUACUGUUCACAUUACAGUACUGUGUUGUGCAGUCUCUAUUAUCAGUCCACUAUUAUUAAGAAAAUGUUAAGGGUUAAGAAAAAGUUUUAAGCAUUUUAAUGCAGUAAUUGGUAUGAGUCAAACCUACAUGACAAGGAAACAACUGUGAUUGGCAGCAUAGUGUUGGGUCCGGUGUGAUUACCGUAAACACAGUUUAAAAUGUCCUUGGCCAAGUAAUCCCAACCCCAUUUCUGUCAACAAGUAAUUUUUGUACCUUUUAAAUAAAGAGAUAUGUUCAUUAUUACUGGUAAUAAUAUUUUAUUGAAUUAUGAGAGUAAAUCUUUGCUAUGAAAAGUGUAGAAUUCUAUUAAGAGUUGUUAAGUGCACACUUGCAGGAAAUUAUCCUGGUGUAUGCACAUUUAUAUUAUGCAAUAGACUUCUUCAACAUUACAUUGUACAUAUAGAAUUUGUAUACACUUGAGUGUACAUUAUAUUUCUUUAGAAUAUAAAUACCAGGUACUCUUUGCAUUAUCAAGAGGCAUAUUAUUUUUACUGAUAUCAUAUCAAUAAAACUCCACACAUAAUGGAGUGAUAUAGUAUUGUAGACACUCAUGUAUUUAGUCAUCCAUUGUCAUAUACCCGUUAUCCCCACGAGUAUCACGUCAAAUCCUUCAGUCAGUCGAUUAAUCUCAGAUAUGACCCUCGUCACAUUCCUUUUGUAGAUAAUGACUUCGGAGAGUUGGUCGCCGCACAAAUCAAUAACAGUAAUGUCCUUGAUGAAGAAGACCGUAUAGAAUUAACAUAUACUUGAGUUGUUGGAGUGACAGCCUGAAGUAAAAGACAGUAUGUUGGACCCUAAUGCUUGAGAGAGAGCACAUAGGCACUUAUAUGUACAAAAGAGAGAGAUUACCUGUCAAAGAUUGAUGUGUGAAACAAACCUUGCUGGCCUUGUAUGGGGGGUGUGACUGUAGAUACAGGUAUAUAUUAGUCUUCAUGGGCUCCCAACACUUUAGUCAUUAGCGGGUGACGUUUACGUUGCCAGAGCUGAUGUUACCUACUAUAUGAUUUGUUGUGUUUUAAUGAGGUGCCCACCCUCAAAUAUUAAUACUUCAGGGUCAAGUCAACCAUGUACUUUUUAUCUGUAAAUGCCAAUGUUAUCACCUGGUAAUUAUUAACCUACUAUUUUUGAGUACUGCAAGGUGAUAAUUGUAUGUAUUUUUACAGAUUUCCAUAGUGCUUUUAUUCAUAACACUUAUUCAGCACAUAUUGAUGUGUGGCUUACUGGUUUCAAAGGGCAUAAGUUUGUGCACAUUGAAGAUGACACGCUAAACACAUGUACAUGUUUAGACUACGUUGCCAAGUUGUAUAUGGCUGUUCAUGGUCUUCACAGCCUCUCAGCUAAGUACAAAAUUUAUCUUUGUGAAGACACUUAACAUGAAUAUGCAUAUUUGUAAAGAUAAUUUGUAAUAAGAGUGCGUUUGUUUUAUAAAGUCAAGUAUUCUAAA